UAUAUAUAAAAUAAUGCUUAAUUAGUUUUUGGACACGUUCGAAAAGAAAUCAUGAUGAUUUUAUACGAAAUAAGCUAUUUUUUUUUGUCUAAAAAUAAGCUAAGACCAUGAUCAGUGAUCAAUAAGGUUUUUUAGGAUGAAAUUUUUAGUGUAAUAUUAGAUACAUUUCUUAGAUUUUAAUUAAAAAAAUAAAAUAUGUUUCGUAAAUAAGAAAUAUAAAAGACAUAUUUUAUCCAGAAAGUGUCAAAUCAUGCUUAAAAAACUUCAAAUGAGUCUCCUCCAUUAAUCAUUGGUAAGAGAAGCUUAAGGAAAAACGUGUGUACAUAAAGUACAUGUAGGAGUUACCGAGUUACUAUAACGGGAAUUGUUGCGUAACUUAGCUUCCAUGGGGAGUGACUACAACUAGCCAACUAGGUACGUAUCUAACAUCGACUGGGUCUAGUUACGCUACAAACUAACAAGGUGCAUGAACAGCUCUAACCAGUACAACAGACGGGGAUUCCAUUUUCCACCAUUUUUACCCCCCACAUCCACGGGAGAUAGGUCAGAAUCCAGGAAGCACUAUCUUAUAUUUUUCUGGUUAAAUAUAUAUUCACACAUUCAUCUGGGUGCCCUUUGUAUAUAUACUUAGUUAAUUACAACGAAAAUGAUUAACAUGAUAAUAUAGUUUUUUUGUGUAACACAUGAUAAUAUAGUACUCCAUUUCAUUAAUUAUAUGUAUAACAAGUCGUGUAGUUACUACAUAAUGGAUCAUGAUUAAUCGGAUCGCAAUUGACAUCGAACCUUAACGCAAGGCACGGUUCUCGAAACCGAUCAGAGGACAACUUGAAUCUUUUUAUUUAUUUAAUUUUACCCUUUCUUUUGUUUCAUAAACGCCUAUUUUAUUUAGUUUGUUGCCUACCGCCACCCACUUUCCUCUCUGGCAUGCUUUUCAGUUUGUAUGAAAUUUGUCAAGUCUUUGUUUUUAAUGCUUAUUAACCAAAUAAUUUAAUUUAUGAUGAAAUUGAAAAAAAUAAGAAUCAUCAUCUGCCUCGUCUGAGGAACCGAUAUCAUUCCCAACAAAGAGGAGGAAUAUAAAUAAUACCGAUCUGCAAUCAGGGUCGGUUUUGAGAUUUAGAGGAUUGUAGGCAGGUUUUAAAAAAAUUUAGCUAAAAUUUUUUUUUGGUAAAUUUAGGGACCUAAAAUUUUUUUAAGAAUUUUUUUCUAUGUAAUUUUUUUAAAAAUUUUUAGGACCUAAAACCAAUGUUUCGUUAGACUUUAUCCAUGACCGGCCCUGUCUGUAAUGGCAAAGUAGAAAAAGUCAUAUUUUUUUUUUCCUUUCAUAAGUUUUAUCUUUUAUAGUAUAAAUUUAUUUAUCAACCGUAUAAUCUUCAUAUGUAUAUGUAUAUUAUUUUUCCCUUCAUUUACUUGGUAAAAUUGUAAUGGAAUUUUCACAAAUGGCUAAUUCUAGAUGAAUCAUGAAAUAGCAUUUCAGUUGCAACUGGAUAGAAAGAGAGAAUUGUGGACAAUUUGAAUAUUUCACUGUUCCAAGUGCACCAUUGUCUUAUAAUACCGACAACUCUAAUUAAGUUCAUCGAAGCACAUAUCCAUCGCAUAGUUUUAGGAUGGGCACCACUAACUAAGUAAAUCACAAUAACAUAUUUUAAUAUUGGAAACAAAUAAAAUAUCUUAUUUGUUUAUUUAAAACAGUUUGGUACGAUACGAAAACUGAGAUAGUUUGCCUCCCAAGGCAAGGUAUCAAUACAAUCGUGUUCAUGUCCCAAGCAUCAUUUAUGCUCCUUGCUCCACUAACAGCCCAAUUUAUAUUAAUGAUUAAUUUAAAUCAAUCCAAUUAUUUUCACACAAUCUUGUAGACAUUUAACACGUUAAUUCCAUAGAAAAUACAUUGUUGUUUGGUUAUUGAUCUAAAAAGAAAAGGAAAAAGAAAGAUUGUCCCACGUGAGAUAUCCCACAAAGGUCCCAACAUCACCACAUAGAGUCUCUGAUCAUUACUAUAUCCUUUGAGAUUAGAUUUAUAUAGACAUUUUCUUAUAAUAUCUUCUUGGGCAAGUGCACUGUAUUCUUCUGACACAUUUCUAUCGUCUUACCUUUUCUUAAUUCUUUUGUUUUCUCUUUGGAAUACUGAAAAUUUGAGAUUCUUUUUUGUUUUUAAUAUAUUUUCUUCAAUGCAUUUUCCUUCUUCUCUAUCUCUCUUUUUUAAUUUCGGAUGAAUUCUCAUGUUCUCUGUGACAAGAUAAAGUUCAUGCACCCUUCUUUGUUAAUAUGGUCAUGUUACAUCAUACAUAUUUUAUAUCAAAUACAUGGAAACAGAAACGUGAUGCACAAAUUAAGACGGGAACAAAUAAAUAUUCGAAAUAUUGUCGAAUUAACGGCAUUGUAAAGGUAACAAUAUACUAGUAGGAACCAGCUAAAUUUUACACGAUUAGAGGUAGUUUAAAAAAUGUGUCGAGAUGCAAACAAAAGUCAAAAUCUAGAACACUGAAGACUGGUAGGAACUAGGAACAUCCUAAAACGAAAAUGUGAUGUACCUAUUUAAGUAAUUUGCACCAAAAAAGCAGUAAAGUUUGGGGAAAGAAUGGGGACAAGCAAAAAAAAGUUGGUUGAUAAAGAUUUGAGAUUUUAUAUAAUAUUAUGCUUUAAAAUGGGUAGGUGGUGGGAAUGCGGAUCCCAAUUUCAUUUAAUUUCGUUUUAUAUAGUUUUGUUAUUCAUUUCGCUAUUUUGUGUUUUUUUGUUGAUUUUGGUAUUUUGGUGCAUUCUUUGACUCCCUUGCACCUACGUCUCUUUGUGCUAUGUUAAAUGUACUCGUCUCUAUUUUGGCCGGUGCACCUCACAUGACAUAUAUAUGAAAAACAAAAAGGGAUAAAGAUAAUAUAUCUAUUCUUAUAUGAAUAUAUGAAUAUGUCUUACUUUUCGUGUAUAGAUUUGAUAAUGAUCAUAUGUGUUAUAACUAAUAUGCAUCCAUAUACUCAUGAUCAUAAAUAUAAUUGGAUUACGUAUGCAUAUUAUUUUUUUGGUUUUUGGUAAGCAGACAAAAUAUAUCAAUGAUAAAAAAAAAGUGGUUACAUUAUAUCUAAAAUUUACAAAAUGAAGAUGAUCUUGAACUUAUAAUAUAUGAUGAAUAUUGUCGCAAAUGAAAAACACAUUAGCCAUGUUUACACAAUUACACUACACAUAAUUCUACGUAAUAAUUUCUGGUUAUAUAUUUGUUACGGUUCAGUUGUUGUUCUACUUAAUAGUUAAUAGUAGAGCUGCAGUAACAAUUCUAUUUUAGAUAUAGUUUACAGAAAAGAUUGCAGUUUAUGAUUUCUUGACAAUUAGAUACUUUUUUUGUUUCGAGUUCAUUAUCUUCUAUUUAUAGCUGUUAAGUGUUAGUCAUUUACCUGAUUUCGUUGUACAUAAGAGGUAAGUUUUUUUUUUGCUUAACUGUAAAUAUCAUAAAACGAUUUAAGAGUUUUGCAAAGCAUGAGCUUUCCCAAGCUGUUGAAACCUUGACAAGAACAGAGAAACAACAAGGGUGAAGAGGUAAGAUUUUGAAAAUUGAAGAUGCCACGAUAUGACAAUCGCGGUUGAAGAUUUAUAUAUUCUUCAAUGUGUCACGUAGCUUCUUUUCACGGCCAAUGUUAUUUAGGCUCACUGUGUUUAUUAAAAAGGUAAUCUCUGUCGGAUAGUACUGUUAUACUAAAUACUUGUAUGGUUACAUUUGGACUAGUUGUUUUUCAAAAAGAAGAAUCCAAGGUUCGUUAGGGAAGUUUCCCCAUUUCCCUACAUAAUUACGAUUAUUCAACCCCAUGUGAAACAAUUCAUAUUCCAAAACCAAAUGUAUAGAUUACCUUUACAAAAGAAAAUAAAUCCAAAUCUCGUUUUCCCACAACUCCAAGUAUUCCAAAGCUACAAUACUAUCCAAUCUAAUCCUCAUUACACCCACCACAUGUAUAAGUAAUCUAUAUAGAUUUAUGCGUUACAUAUCUAAUUGCAUUCACAUUAACUAUACAAUACAUGCACAAUAAUUAAAUCGACAUGAGCAGCAGCGACGAAGACGAAGGGUUUCCUAGAGGAUAUCUCAUUCUUCGACCAGAAGAGCUCAGGCCACUAGAGCUUCUCCGUCUGUUAUUCUCCAACGAUAUCGAGAAACCAAGAUUAGUAAAUAGCUCUGAAACCAAAGAACCAAGUUUCCGACGUCGAUGGCUUAUCUUUGUCUCUCUUGUCCUCCUCAAGCUUCUUCAAUUCCUCUCAGAGCCUUUAGCUCUCUUUGGCUCCGCCUUGGAAUUCUCCUUGAAUUUCCUCUCCGAUAACUCCUUCUCCCGUUUCUUCCUCCGAGGGGAAGUGGUAAUGCCGAAAACGACGUCAGAGAAUUACCUAUCAUUCAUUGGACAUUUAGACAGGAGAAUAAGUUUAGACAAGACCAAAAGUCGUGAAGAUGGAGAUUUAUACUAUGCUGCAUUGUCCAUCAUGUCUUCAAAGCUUGCCUAUGAAAACUCGGCUCGUAUUAAAUAUGUCGUUGAAAACCACUGGCAUAUGAAGUACUUAGGCCUCGAUGACUAUUGGAACGAGUAUCAAGAAAAGGAAACAACACAAGCUUUUAUGAUGUCUACUGAUCAAGAGAAAACGGUUGUGGUUGCGUUUAGAGGCACAGAGCCAUUUAACUCCGAAGAUUGGUGUUCAGAUUUCGACAUUACAUGGUACGAGCUCCCAAACAUUGGGAGGAUCCAUGGUGGUUUUAUGAAAGCUCUAGGGCUUCAAAACAAUUGCAGUUGGCCAAAGAAACCUCUUCCAAACCCUAAUCGACUGUCCCCUCUAGCUUACUACUCUAUAAGAGAUUCCUUGAAAGCUUUGAUAGCUCAUGACGAACAAACUAAAUUUGUUCUGACUGGUCAUAGCUUAGGAGGAGCUCUCGCCAUAUUGUUCACGGCUGUGCUAGUGAUUCAUGAUGAGACCGAGUUGUUGGAGAGGCUUCAAGGUGUUUAUACUUAUGGACAACCUAGGGUUGGAGAUUCAACGUUUGGUGAAUUUAUGGAGAAGAAAUUAGAAGAAAAUGAUGUAAAGUACUAUAGAUUUGUUUAUAAUAACGACAUUGUUCCGAGAUUGCCGUACGAUGACAAAGAUUUGAUGUUCAAACACUUUGGUACUUGUAUCUACUACGACCGGCACUAUCAACCAAAGAUUUUGAGAGAUGAUCAAUCGGACGAGAACUAUUUCUCGUUGUGGGGGAUUAUAAAGAGGAUGCACAAUGCGGUGUUAGAGUUUAUAAGAAGCUUCACGAUUACGAGGGAGAAAGGGUCGGAGUUUGAAGAAGGAUGGUUGUUGAAACUUGCUAGGGCUUUGGGGAUUAUACUCCCCGGGAUAUCGAAUCAUACACCUCAAGAUUAUGUGAAUGUCACAAGAUUAAGCCCUUCUUUUGUUUUUCAAAUUCAUAGAGAUGUGGCCAUAACAUAGAAGGGUUUUGAAUUUUGCGUGUGUGUUGUAAUUUGUAAUAAUUUAUCGAGAUUGUGACAACCUAUAACUCCGUAGUUGUGUCAUGUGUAAUGUCACUGUAGACUUGGUUGGUCGCAGUUGCAAGUAUAUAUGUGAAUAAACAAAAUCGAGAGGAACU